GUGUCGUCGUAUAAAAAGCGUUCAUUGAUGUCCAACCCGGGUCAGUCGUCAGUAGCAUUGGGCACGAGCGGUGUUUUGCGGUGAUAUAUGUGAGCAAGCAAGGCGUAUUAGGCGUCAUCAACAGUGGUUGAGCAUUUUGCUGGUUGUUGAGGCAGCCGAAUUGGGAGCAGUGAAUCAAUCGGAUUAGCAUAAGCAAUAAAAGUGCCACCAGUGUCGUCGGUUCAGUGAGUGAAGGACAUUGUUUUGUUUUGCUGCGAAAAAAACAACCCCCAUAAACUCUACGAAAAUGAAACUGUUCGGAAGUAGCAGCACGUUGCUGUUGAUGCUGAUCAUUGGAUUGGUGUGGAGUGAACAGCUGGAGGAGCAGGACAGUGACACCAACGAUCUGGAAACGGCAGAAUCGGCCUUCCACAUCGACCCAAAGACGGUGAUCUUCACCGGGCUGGCCGGUAUCGGGGCACUGGUGGUGAAGGGCUUGGCGCUGGGCAUUGGUGGCGGUAAGCUACUUCUGCUGGCCAAACAUGCCGGCAACUCGCACAGCAGCUCCGGCUGGGACGAUUCCACCAAGUCGUACUCAUCGCACCCGUCCUACCCGACGUACAAGUCGUACUCGUCCAGCUACUCGUCCUCAGACGAGGCGAAGCCAACGUCGUACACUGGCAGCCUGAAGGUGUCCGGUUCGCUGACGCCGGUGAGUUCCAAAUCUUCGUCCGACUCGUCGAGCUCGUCCACGGCCGCACCGACCAAGACGAGCCUCUCGCUUGACGAUGGUGAUGAUGCACUGCCUGAAAACUGAGUUUCAAAAUUUCAGGUUCAUUAGCAGCGGGCUGGCUGGCUACUGCCUGGCGAACGGCGUUGUUGAGGCUGAGAGUAUCUCCUUUUUUGGCGAACGUUGUGAACAAAAUUCUGGACAGAUCAGGGCGUGAAAAGAAUAUUCGGGGGGCGCGUUAUAAGGGAGGCGUUACAAAAGCCUAAACCAAACUAAAUCUGCUUUGUUUAGUAGUGCCUACAUACCAUAAGGUUUACUAUUUUCUGGGGAAUGUACACAUAUUUAUAAGCUUUCAUCGAUCAUAUUGUGAUACUUUGCUCAUCUAAUUAAACCGGUUUCCAUUCUAUU